CGCGCGCUGCUGCGCAUCGGCGGCAUCCCCUACGAGUCGCAGACUGAGGACGCCCACACGUCGAUCCGGCUGCACAAGGGCGGCUUCGUGUCGUACUACGUCAACCUGCCCCUCGUCGUCGGCGAGGCCCCGACCACCGUGGCCUCGCGUCAGCUCCAGUUCCUGCGGUGGGUCAAGGGCUCGAUCCAGCUCUGGUGGGCCCAGUUCUACGAGCCCCCCAUCAAGAUGUGCAUCGGCCAGGCCCCCAAGCGCCUCCCCAAGGACCAGCGCCCGUCCAAUUUCAUGCUCACCUUCUACGCCAUCGACACCAUGACCUGGCCCCUCUCCGCCAUCUCCGCCCUCCUCUACAUGUUCUGCGCCCUCGUCUUCGUCUUCUUCGCCGAGCCCCCGCUCCAGCCCCACGACCCCUUCGACAUCUCCUCCUUCCUCUGGGUGUUCCUGCCCUACCUGUGCCUGCGUAUGGCCAACAACCUGAUCGCGCUCCAGGGCGUCAAGUCGUCGUCGGUCUGGGUGGCGCAGGAGGUCUGGUACGCGCAGGCCUUCACCGCGUUCCUCGGCAUCCUCGACGCGCUCUACGAGAAGUUCCUCGGCACCGGCUUGACCGGCUGGAAGGUGACCGGCGAGGGCACGCGCACCACUGCCAUCGAGUACUUCAACGUUGUCGUCUCCAUGCUCCUCCUCUUCGGCGUCAUCAUCCGCCUCAUCGUCUUCCUCGCCGACGACGAGGACCGCCUCAUCUCGUUCGGCUCGGCCUUCUUCGCCGGCGUCAUUCUCGUCCAGCUGUGGCCCAUGGUCUCCAUGUCCCUCUACGAGCUCCUCAUCAACGA